UUAAUUUUUUUCCUUUUUUUUAAAUUUUUUCGUUUUUUUAAUUUUUUUAAUUUUUUAUAAUUGUUUUCAGUUUUUAUUAUUAUUGAUUUAUUCUCAACCCAUCCUGAGCCGAACUCAUCCUGACCCAAACCCAUCCUGACCUUCUUCUUUCUUUUACCCAUCUUGACCCAAACCCAUUCUAACCCAAACCCAUCCUGACCCAACAACCAAUCCAAUCCAACCCAUCCAUUUUGCCACCUCUACUUAUCGUGGUGGGAUAAUGGUAAUUUUAAUAUCAUGCUAAAUUUAUAUAUAUAUAGCAACUUAACACUAACAAUUCAGUUUACUCUCCUACCAUUAACAAAUUAACCUUUUGCAAAUUGCAACUUCCAAAACACUAACAUUUGUUGUAGCAAGUAUGAACUGAAUAAGACUUAAAACAUUAACAUUUAACACUAACAACUAACAAUUAAGACUUAAAACACUAAUAGCAACAAUAAGAAGAAAGAUGAAUAGUAGAACUAAGAAGAAAGGUAUUGAUAACGGGAAAAUCAGUGAUAUAUCGGUCAACAUCGCCGAUAUUAUCGGUACCGACAUUCUGACCGAUAUUUUGCACUGAUAUCUCGGCAGGGGGCCAAUAAAUGAUAUAUUACUGAUAUAUCGGCGAUAUAUCGGGAUAUUAACUACAUAGGUUGUAUUAUGUGUUUUGGGGAUGUUAGUUCAGUCACUUAAGACUAUGUUUCUGUCGUCUUUAAAGUUGUUGUGGAUGUGAAGUUUAUUGAGGAAAAUUUGCUCUCCACACCAUGGUUUUAAAAAACAUUGAGGUGUGCACCUCAAGGCGCGCCUCGAGGCGAAACGGCCAAAAAACGAGACUGAGGUGCGCCUCAUGGUGUUUUUAAUGUAUAUGCGCCUCAGAGGGGCUGAGGCGCUAAGAAAGCUGCGCCUCAGGGGAUUUUGAUAGCUGUUUUUGAUGUUUUUGACUUUUUGUGUCAAUUUCAAGCAUUUCAUGUCUUUUUUAAGUGUGUUUUUGAUGAAUCUGAUGAUGAAAUUUGUUAGUAUUAUUAUUUUUAUAAUAUAUAUAAUUUUUAUAUUUAUUUAUUAAUACCGCCUCGGCCUUACGCCUCGUGAGGCGAAGGGAAAACGCCUCGAAACUCGUUUCCGUUCUUUUAAACCUUGCUCCACACUAGAUUUAUAUGAUAAGCUUUGGUUUAAUACUUUAAUAAGUGCGAGGCAUGAGCUGUUUAUGUCCAAAAGCGGAGGGCGAGCUUCACGUAUUGGAGGUGUUGCUCUAUGUACAAUUAAAAAAGAUUUAUAUAGAAGUAAAAGUUGCAUCUCUCUUAAGUAAAGCAUUCAUAAUCUCUUCAUCAUUUGUUGUUAGACCCUAUUUUUUAUUAUAAAUUUUGACCCACAUGUGUAAGAAGUGCCGCCUCCAGACCCUGAGGCGAUUUAAAAUUAACAAGAUAAGUAUCUUUGAAUAUUAUCCAUCCAAAUAUUGGAGCAAAGCUCAUUGUCUUGAUGCAGUUAGCCAGCAAUGGAACGUGACUGCAUGGCCUCAGGUCAAGAAAUUGAUGAUUCUUCAAAUAAAAACAGCUCGCCCAAAAAGGUAUACAAGGAUCCAGACGAUGGGCGGCAAAGAUUUUUGCUUGAACUUGAAUUUGUCCAGUGCCUUGCCAAUCCUACUUAUAUUCAUUACUUAGCUCAGAACCGUUAUUUCGAAGAUGAAGCUUUCAUAGGCUACUUGAAGUACCUUCAGUACUGGCAGCGACCAGAGUACAUAAAGUAUAUUAUGUAUCCACAUUGUCUCUACUUUCUGGAGCUUCUUCAAAAUGCAAGUUUCCGCAAUGCUAUGGCACAUCCUGCUAAUAAGGAGUUGACACACAGGCAGCAGUUUUAUUUCUGGAAGAACUACAGGAAUAAUCGGCUGAAGCAUAUAUUACCUAGGCCUCUUCCUGAGCCUACAGCGGCACCGCCAUCUAACGCUCUUCCACCGCCGCUACCACCUUCCGCUACCACCAUGGCCACUUCAUCUGCUCCUGUGUCUGCACCGCCAGUACCCUCGCCCAUGCAGUAUGGUGUACCUUCCGGGCCGCCUCUAGUAAAAAAUGAUCCAAGAAAUGCAAUCGACAGAAGAAAGAGAAAGAAAGACGGAUAACUUCAACGUGAGACUGAACCGGCAAUGUAUGUUAUUUUCUUUUAUUUCCAUGUUCGAUGGUUGUAGAAUAUUACUAUUGUUAAAAGUUGAAGGGCUUGCGUGUCAACAAGAACAAUGAUAGGUGGUUAUUUUGGUAAGGUUGCUGAAAUGAUGCACUUGUAGCAUGAUCUUUUUUUAAUGGCUAACACACACUCUUAACAGCUUUUUCAAACACUUUGGUACCACUAAGCCAAAGGCCCUUUGGUAUGUAGCAUGGUUUAAUUAUAAUUGCUUUACAA